AUGAGAGGCCCCACACAAGAUUUGACAAUAUUGACACGCCAAUCGUUCUUUGAACAUGAUGCUUAUAUAAUCGCCGUGAAAAGACUGAGCGGUGCUUAUGCUAGUGGCAAUCGGUCCGCCUACCUAUGGGAUGCUGGUCUCUGGACAUCAUGCAAGGAGUCAAGGGAGGUGAUAUCAACGUACUCUAAACAAAAAGACUCGCCAGACACUCCGUCAGCAGUGAUGGCAGUAAAUGAUGGCCAACCCCUGGACAUUAUGGUCCACCCGUCCCGAGACCUCUUCUGCUUCACCCCAAAACGCUGGUCGACUCUUUUUGGCUACCCUCCCUUCCCUUCUCGAGAUGGAGGCUUUCCUUCUAUCCAAAACAUCGCCAUGGAAUUUGACCCAAGCUGGAAUAUUAACCUCCCAAAGCGGAUACAUAAGCUGCUUGGAGAGUUGACUGCUCGUGGGUGUGUUGCCCGAGUUGUAAAUGCACGCGCCAAGGAGUAUGUGGACUUCACAAUAUGGCUGAUCGAUCGAGGUGCUACUCGAUCACCUGAUAAAGACCGAAAAUCCCCGCCUCGUUUAUUUUACGAUUGUGAGCGGGAAUACAUUGAAACGGAGCAAAACGAAAUAUUGUACGAUACUGAAGAGGAGUACAGGAAGACUGCCUGGUGGUUUAUCGAGGAACUCACUCGCCUUGGCACUCCGCGUUAUGCGGAGAUGCGAGACCCGGCCGCAACGUACUGA